AUGAUGCCUCAUAGUCGGAAGGGCCGGCAGGGUCAGGAUAACCACCAGGACCAGAGAGAGGCGUCGCAGGGCCUGAUGGGUGGGUUCCUGGUCCCUGUAGCUGAGGAGGAGGAGGCCAUUGCCACUGCCUCUUCCUCCAGCUCUGCUGUGACCCCAGCCACUUCAAGUGAGGACCCUGCUCCUAUGGUACCAAGUAGUCCCCAGAGAGCCUCCUCUCCCCCAACUGCUUUGGUUUCUGCUAUAGAGAACCAAGUCAUUCAGGGCUCCAGGAACCAAGAAUGGGAUCAUUUGCUCCCUAGAGAUAACCAGGGCAUUAUCCCACAUAACCCUGAAUCCUUGCUAGGAGAAGUUCUAGCCUUGGUACCUUUCCUGCUCUUCAAGUAUCGCAGGAAGGAGCUGACCUCCCAGGCACAAAUGCUGGAAGUCAUCACAGGGCACCACGAGUACUUCUCUGUGGUCUUCCGUAAGGUCUCUGAGAGAAUGCAGCUGAUAUUUGGCCUUGAUUUGAAGGAAGUGAAUCCCACCAACCACUCCUACAUCCUUGUCACUUCCCUGGGGCUCACCUACGAUGGGAUAAUGCGUGAUGUCCAGGGUGUGCCAAAGACAGGCCUUCUGAUCAUGGUCCUGUGUAUCAUCUUUAAGGAGGGCAACCGUGCCUCUGAAGACAUGAUCUGGGAAGCACUGAGUAAUAUGGGGGUUUAUCCUGGGUCACAGCACUACCUUUUUGGGAAUCCUAGGAAUUUAAUCACUGAAACUUUUGUGCAGGAAAGAUACUUGCUGUACCGGCCGGUGCCCAACAGUGCACCUCUUUGCUAUGAGUUCCUGUGGGGCCCAAGGGCGCACUUAGAGACCAGCAAGAUGAAAGUCCUGGGAUGGUGGGCCAAAUUCAGUGACUGUGAACCCACAUGCUUCCCCUCCCUGUAUGAAGAAGCAUUGAGAGAGGAGAGAGAGAAGGAACGGGGCCCCUAA